AUGACGAAUGAGAGAACAACUGCAGAUUCGAUUCAAGGCAACAAUGGUGAAAACACAGGUGUAUCAAUGUCGAUACCUAAUUCUGUAAUUGGGCAAGUGUCAAAAAGUUUACUAAGUGGAAUUGUAUUUGCUACAAGUGUUUCUCAUGUUUGGAGUGAUUUAAAAGAGAGAUUUGAUAGAGUAGAUGGGUCGAGAACCUAUAGUCUUCAUAAAGACAUUGUGUCACUACAACAGGGGACUGCUUCUGUUUCUGCGUAUUACACUAAACUUAAGACCUUGUGGGAUGAGUUUGAGGCUGUAGUUCCUUCUCCUGAAUGCAAUUGUGCUAAGUCGAAAGAUUUUGCUAGAAGUCAAAUUUUAAUGAUGAAUCCCUUACCAAUUGUUAAUCAUGCUUAUGCCAUGGUAGUAGGAGAUGAGAGUCAAAAGGCUGUGGUUUCACACAUUAGCAACAUGGGGAUGAGUGUUAAAAGUAUGGAUUCUAUGGCAAUGUACUCUAAAUAUGUUGUUGGUUCUAUUUCAGGAUCCAAAAAGAAGGUUCAAGGUGUUCCUUUAGGCUACAACAGUCCUGCUCCAGGAGGUGUUCAUUUAGGUCAGGCUCAUUUUUCUUAUGGCUUGAAUACUAAUGUGCAUGAAGCAAGAUGGGAUCUGAAGUCUGCUACUGCACAAAGCACUGCAACAUAUGAGAGCAAUACCACUUUUGCUGCUCACACUGCAAGUAAAUCCUUGUUUAUUUCUGAGAACAAUGAAGUGUGGAUUGUAGAUUCUGGUGCAACAAAUCACAUGGUUUCUAAGAUGAACAUGUUUAUAAAGGGUUCUGUGUCAGAAUUGCAGAUUCCUAAAAUUGUAUAUCUGCCUAAUGGGGGUACUACUCAGGUCACUCAUGUUGGUUCUUGUGCAUUAACAGAUAAGAGUGUUAUCUCCAAUGUAUUUUACUUACCUGAAUUCAAGUAUAAUUUGAUGUCUGAGCUUUACAGUGGGAAUGUGAUAGUGGUUGGUAAAGAAGCAGGGUGUCUGUAUACUCAAGGUCCUGAAAGUGAUGAAAAGAAUACUGUAUUGACAGUAGCUCAAGAUUUGGGUAUUAUUCAUCAAAGGUCUUGUCCUGAUACUCCUCAGCAAAAUGGGGUAGCAGAGAGGAAACAUAGACACUUACUAGAAGUGACAAGGGCAUUGUGGUUUCAGGGUAAGAUUCCAUUGAAGUAUUGGGGACAUUGUGUUCUAGCUGCAACCUAUCUCAUCAAUAGAGUUCCUAGUGGUGUUCUUAACUAUCAAAGUCCCUCUGAAAGAUUAUAUGGAAGUAAGCCUAGAUUGACACACUUAAGAACUAUUGGGUGUUUGUGUCUUGCCAAAAAUCUAGUUGAACAUGACAGGAUGAUGCCAAGAUCUAAGUCUGCAGUACAUAUGGGGUAUUCAAAGACACAGAAAGGUUAUGUUUUAUUUGAUCUCACUGCUAAGACAUUCUUUGUGAGCAGAGAUGUUAUAUUUAGAGAAGAUCUGUUUCCUUUCUCACAGAUCAAGAUGCCUGAAAGUCAUUCCUUGUUUCAAAAUCCACUACCAGACUCAGCUGUUCUAUUUGAUACCUCCACUACUCAGUUCUUUCAAACACCUAGUUCUAUCAAUGAUGAACUAUCGUGUCUUGAAGGUUCAUCUGUGUUACCAAAUAUUGAGGUUAUCUCUUCAGAUAUUUCUGCUCCAGUUGAGGAACCAGUUCCAGCACUCACAUAA